AUGGAUUUAAAAUCUAAAGGUAUGGCCUGGGCUGGAGACAUUUACCAGAAGUUUGAAACAAUGUGCCAUGAAGUGGAUAAUGUUGUGAACAAGGAUACUUUUAAAUUCGUUGAAAACCAGGUGCACACUGUGGGUGAGAACAUGAAGAAAAUCUAUUCUGAUGUUGUCCAUGAUUUAAUCCCUCCUUUGGUGGAUCCUGCAAAAUGUGAAGUGCCAGCAGCAGCUCUAAAAAGAAAUGCUGCCAUUGGUGCCUAUAUUAUUAAAUCUAUGAUUGGCGUUGAUGAUGAUCAUGGACAUAAUACUCAGACAAAGCAAUCACCUGUGGAACAUGGUGAUUUUGAUCCUAUGACGAAGCAGCUAGGCAAGGAAUUCUGGGAGCUUCAGGUUGCAAAUAAAUUGCCUGUUACUGGCAAUUCUGAAGAACCCCUUGAAGGUGCAGAAUCCGAGUCAACUCCUGGAAUUGUUGAUGUUACAACUGAGACUUCUGAUGUGAGCACAGAAGAAAAUGAAGUAAAGGAGAAUUCAUCUGGACCUGAGGAGUUGGAAUCUACUACUCAUGGAGAUAAAGAACCUUUUGAAGCAUCAAGUGAAAUUCCUAAUUUUAGUUGUGAAAAUGCGUGUGGGUUUCUGGCUGAGCCACCUGUUUAUGGCGAGGAGUUUCAGUGUCCUCAAGAGGUGGAAACUGUAUGUGAUAGCUCCACGGGUGACACUUACUCUGCUGGUGCUAUUGUUUCUUCUUCUCAAAUGGCCUUUUCGGCUCGAUCUUCUGAAAGGGAAGUAGUGGAGAUGGAAGUUGGAUCCCCCAGCAGUUCCAUAUUCAAGGAAUCUCAUAUUCUGCCUGAGAGCCCGCUCAAUAACAUUGCCUGCAGCAAUCCUUGGAAUGUAGCUGGCCAUGAUUGUGACAGUUCCACCAUGCUUAUGUCUUCUACAUCGUCUCAUUCGGAUAGUUCCCUUGUGUUCUUGUCGUCUACAUUUGCUCCAACUGUUUCUUGUAAGAUCAAGGCAGCAGACACAGGGCUUACCUCCUCCAACAGUGUUCUGUCUUUGGUAUCAGUAGAAGCAUGUGUAGGAUGUUCGGAUGGCUCUGCUAUAGAAGAUUUGACUGAAUCUGAAAUGGAAAACAUUGAUUUGUCUGACAAUGUGAAGCUUGAGGAAAGUUGUGUCAUUGUUGACAAUAGCUUGCUCUAUGAAGUCUCUCGUAGAAACCGUAGACUCAGAUCAUACAAGAUAAUAAAACCUACUGACUCCCUUUUGGUUUUCUUCCUUUUUAAGAAAAAAAUCCAAGAUGCUUUCUCUUCGAAAAAGAGGGUGACCAAGGAAUAUGAGCAGCUAGCAAUUUGGUUUGGGGACCUUGAUGGCCCUGAUACGAUGCAGCGUGAGUUGUCAUCUAGUACCACCAUCACCUUGGAUCCCGAUCCACAAGCUAAUUGGACACAAGACUCUGAAUGGGAGCUUCUGUAA